GUAUAAAAACGUUUUCUCUCUCUCUCUCUCUACUUUCUAAAGAUUAACCAAAAAAAAAAAAAAAAAAACUUAAAGGUUGGAAGAAAGUUUGGGAGAGAAAGUGAGAGUUGAUCGCCUCUUGAGUCUUGAUCGAUCUGAAGUGUAAGUACAUAAAGACUACCUGCUAGCACAAAUGGAAGAAGAGAAACAUGCAAGUUCUGGAGAUGUCGAAGUGAAGCUAUCGGAGAAUAAGAUUGAUGUAGUGGAAGACAAACCAGAAAGACAUAUUUUAAUCAACAAUGACGAACAUCUUCAGGAAAAAGAAGCAAGCAAAGAAGAUUAUGAUGCUGUACUGGACGGGGAAUUCAUCAAGGUGGAGAAGGAAGUGGGAGAUGCGAAGGAGAACUCCCAAUCACACAGAUCUAUAGAAGUGGAAGAGAUACAAAACAAUGAAGCAACCAGCAUAAAUUUGUUGGAAGCUGGAGAGAAGAUCAAAUCUCUUGAGAUCCAACUUGAAAAGGUCACCAAGGAAUUGCAUGAUUCUGAAUCCGAGAAAGCGUUGUUGAAAUCUGAGGCUGAUUCAGCUAACAAGAAACUUGAUACAAUAAGUAAGCACGGUGAAGAACUUGAACUUGAUAACAACAGGAUGAAAGAAGAGAUUUCAGCAGCUGAACAAAAAUAUAGUAUGCAAGUUGCAUCACUUGAAGAGGCAUUGGGAACUCUAGAUGUGAAGCAAAAGGAACUGAGAGACUUGAAGGAUUCAUUCCAUGGAGCGUCAGCUGAGCUAGAGAAUUCUAGAAAGAAGUUGGAGGGGCUUGAAGCGGAGCUGGCAUUAUCAGCAAGUGAAGCAAGGAAAUUGGAGGAAUUGUCAAAUGAGAGAAGUUCACAUGCAGACAUACAAUCAAAGAGGGCCUCAGAGUUGGAGAAGAUGCUUGAACUUGCAAAAUGCAGUGCAAAAGAUAUGGAAGAUCAGAUAGGUAAUCUGCAGGAAGAACUUAAAGGCCUGUAUACUAAGGUUUCAGAACACAUGCAAGUCGAAGAAGCACUCAAUCGUUCCACAUUGGAACUUUCAGCAGUUCAGGAAAAGUUAAAGCUUUCAGAAUCUCAGGUAUUAGAGUUAGAGCGGAAGUUUGCUUCCAAGGAAGAUAUUAUAAAGGAACUGACUCAAGAAUUGGACGUCCAUAAAUCCUCUCAAGAGAGGAUGAAGGAAGAGUUUUUAGGGCUUGAGGACAUGCUUUCUUCAUCCAGAGAUGAAAUCCAGUCAAAGAUUAUUAACUUGGAAGAAGCUGAGCUGAAACUUCAACAGGAGAUUAAAUCCAGGGAAGAUGUUGAGGCUAGUUUGAGAAACCAAGGGAUGCAGAUGCUAAGCUUGCAGGAUGAGUUCAAGAAAUUGACAGGUGAAAAGGAAGAUCUUCUUAGUACUGUGGCUGAUCUAAACACAAACUUAUCCCUUACAAAAGAACUAUGUGGCCAGUUGGAGGACAAAUUUCUUGUUGCAGACCAGAACUUUAACAAAACAGAUUCACUCCUCUCACAAGCUCGCUCUUACAAUGCAGAGCUUGAGGAAAGGCUGAAGUCACUUGAAGAGCUUCAUGGAGAAUCCAGAAUGGUUGCAGAGACUGCUUCCCAGAGAAACCUUGAGCUUGAAGGUCUAAUUCAAUCAUCCUCUGCAGCUGAAGAGGGGCUUAAGGAACAACUGAGAGAAAAAGAGGUGAAGUUGAUUUCUGCUGAGCAGAAGAAUGUAGAGUUUGAGGAACAGAUGGCUCUCGCAGAAUUAAAAUUCACUGGCGCAGAAAGUGAAAUUAAAUUGCUCACUGAGAAAAUAUUGGAGCUCACUGUUAAAUCAAGCAAUCUUGAGGAAGAAAGGGAGCUAUUGAAAGGCCAGAUCCAGCAAGAUAAAGAAAAGAUUAGCCAACUGGAAUCAUCUUUGAGUGAAGCUGAUUCUAGAAGCUCAAAGCUUGAACAGGAGGUAAAGGAUCUUGCAGAAGUACGUGAUGCACAUGAAGGACGAGCAGCUGCAGCACAUCAGAGACUUGCAUUCAGCAUGUCUCAAUCACAAACAAGCAGGAGAUGCUGGAAGAACGGGGAAGAAUUAGAGCUGUUGCUGGAAAAUGCACGCCAACUAAAUGAAAACCUGGAACAGUUAGCAAGCGAUGCAGAAGCCAAAUACAGAGAUGCUGAAGCAGAAUCAAAGCAAUACAGCAGCAGAGUUUCUGAGCUUUCUACAGAACUGGAAGCAUAUAAAACAAAAUCAGAAAGCCUAGAAAUUAUUGUCCAAGAAACAAAUGAGAAGGAGAGACAAUUGACAGAUAUGUUGAACAAAAUUACCGAAGAAAAGAAUGAACUUGAAGAGUUGUCAAACAUCUCAAGCGAAAAGCUUUCACAGGCUGAAAAGUUCAUUGAGGAAUUGCAAAAUGAGAUGAAAUCUGCACGAGGGAACUUGGAAAGCAUCGAGGAAGAGCUCAAGGCAUCAGGUAUAAGAGAGAAUGAGAUUCUUAUGAAACUCAAGUCUGCUGAAGAGCAGUUAGAGCACCAUGGAAGGACAGCAGAGCAAGCUUCUACAAGAUGUUUGGAGCUAGAGUCAAAUCAUGAAUCUUUUCGAAAUGAAUCAGAGCUCAAACUCCAAGAAGCAAUCAGUGGCCUUACUCUUAAAGAUUCAGAAGCUAAACAGUUAAAAGAGAAGGUAACGUUCCUUGAAGAGGAAGUAAUAAUCCAUCAGCGUGAAGCAGUAGAAGCUGCUGAAAAAGUUGCCUCAUUAGAGGCAGAACUGGAAGCAAGUGCAGCAAGAUUUUUUGCUUUAGAGAACACAGUUGAGGAACUUAAAGAAAAGUUCUCAGAUUCUGAAACAAAUCUUGAGCAGUCCUAUUCAGAGAAUGAAUUGCUGGCAGGAACAAAUUCACAGCUUAGAUCAGAGUUGGAAGUCCAUCAGGCUAAAGUUAAUGAGCUUAAUGAGCUGCUAAGCUCCAUUCAUGCAGAGAAGGAGGCAACUGCUGAGAAACUGGCUUCUCAUAUAAAAACUAUAGAAGAAUUGACUAAUGAACAUUCAAGAGGCUUGGAACUCAACUCUGCAACUGAAUUGCGCUUUAGAGAAACAGAACUCCAACUACAUGAAGCUAUUGAGAAGUUUACUCAGAGAGACUCUGAAGCAACAACCCUGAAUGAGAAGCUGCUAGCACGUGAAUCACAACUGAGAAGGCAUGAGGAACAACUUGCAGAAGUGAACACUUUUGCAGAAAAUAAGAAUGUGGAGUUGGAGGAGGCUUUACUUAAAAUGCAGAACUUGAAAACAACUAUUGAGGAGAUGCAAGGCAGGGCUCAUCAAUUUGAAACAGAGAAUGAAGGUUUAGCCCGAGCAAACAUGCUUCAGACCGAACAGCUGGCAACAUAUGAGACAAAAGUGAAUGAGUUAGAGACAUCACUGCAUGCAGCUGUUGCAGACAAAGAGGAUGCAUUGUUGCAGCUUAAGUCAUCGAAAAAGACAAUAGAAGACCUGACACAACAGCUUGCUUCUGAUGGGGACAAGCUCCAAUCCCAGAUAUUCUCUGUUAUGGAAGAAAACAACACGCUCAAUACAAUGUAUCAGAAUGCGAAAGAAGAACUACAGUCAGUUACAGUGCGGUUGGAAGAACAAAAGGCAAGGGAAAUCUCUCUUAAUUCUGAGUUAGACAGCCUAAAAUCAGAGAUUGCGAGAAUGAGAACAGCAGCUUCAGAGGAGGAAGCAGCAAUAUCUUCUAAACUCGAGGAACACUCAAAUAUACUCUGUGAAAGAGAUGGUCUCAACGAAAAGUUAAAGCUGCUCCGGGAGGAACUCACUCUUGCUCACAACAGUAUAGCAGAGCAGAAAGAAUCAGAAUCCAGAAUGGUGCUUGAAAGAGAUGCUGUGAGAGAACAGACCCUUGGAGAGAUGGAAGCUGAGCAUCAGCGUGCCGUUCUUCUAGAAAAGCAAGUGGAGGAGUUGAAGCAGAAGUUGCAACUAGCUGAAACACAAUAUAAUGAAAAGGUUGCAGAAGAAAGCAAAAAGGUAGAUCUUCUCAAUGUUGAGCUCAUUGAUUUGAAACAUAAACUUAGCCAGAAUGUCGAGCUAGAAAAGAAAAUUGCUGAUCUCCAGAACAAACUUGAGAAUGCAAAAUCUUCGAAGCAGCCUAAAGAUGCAACUAUAGAAGGCAGUUCAAAUGCAGGAACAGAGGUUAGAUCCAGAGAGCUUCCAUUUGAUAAUUUAUCAGCACCCACACCAAAAAGGAACAAAGGAAACGAAGGAGUGCAUAGAUCUACAGCAGAUGUGACUCCUCUCAGUCCACCAUCAGGGAUCAUGGCCUUCAAGUUCAUCCUUGGUGUUGCCUUGGUGUCUGUGGUCAUCGGCAUCAUUCUGGGAAAGAAAUAUUAGUAUUCAGUUUGUAUUCUGUCUCUUCUCUUUUCUUCGUCAUGUAACGUAAAGCCGGGAAAAAAAAGAACAGGAGAGAGAAGGGGAAAACAAGGUCAUGAAAUAAUAGAUUUUGAGGUCAGUUUUGAAUGGGGUUUUGAUUUUGUGGGUCAUCAUUUCUUAAGAGAAGCUAUGAUGAUUGUUGGUGAGAAGUUCUUGGUUGUGCAAAGAUCGGAUGGGGAUUUGUUUUUGAUUAAUUCCUAUCCAUUUUCCAGUACAUGCAUGAGGGGCUUCUGCAUGCAGUUCAGAUUUGUGAUGUAAUUCUUUUUUUUUUAAAUGCCUUGUAAGUAAAUGGUACUAGGUCUGUGCUUGUGAUAUUUUUUGUUGAGGUCUGCAUAUCAGUUAUUUUAUGUUCUUGCAA